AACUCCCAGAAUUCUCCAGCCAGCAUAGCUGUCCAUAAGUCUUAAAGCUGCCAAGUUUGAAGACCUCUGUCAUAGAGAUUCCGAGGGUUGCGACCCGUGCUCCUUUUUUGCGCAGCACCACUUUUCCACCUGAAACUCCCAGGCAAGGGAGCGAGGGGAGCAAGAUUAGGCCGCCUGUUUCUCUCCAGUAUAGGGCGGAACAGGGACGGGGAAAGUCAACCAUAGAGUGAGAUCUGGAGGAAAAGGAAGGCUUCUAUAGCGGCCGUCUUGCGUGGCCCGAGACGCAGCCCCGCCUCUUCCUGUCGAUAUCGUGCUAGAUAGAUCCGGCGAAGCAUGGAGAUGGAAAGCUCUGGUGAAGAGCGGCUGCCGACGGAGAUGGAAACGCACAGUCCCCAAGAAGGCUUCACGACGGUCCUCAAGCGGAAGAGGCGCCGAGAGUCCCAGAUGGACACGAACGAAAGCCCGGUGCCUCGGAAGCGGCCGGAUUUCCCCCCUCUUAGCGGGGAAACCCUCGCCUGUGGAAAAGGUGAAUUGAGAAAAAUUCCUGUACCAGCAAAUAGAUAUACUCCUUUGAAAGAGAACUGGAUGAAAAUUUUCACACCAAUUGUAGAACAUUUGCAGCUUCAGAUUAGAUUUAAUUUAAAAACAAGGAAUGUAGAGAUAAAGACUUGUAAAGAAACAAAAGACAUAGGUGCUUUGACAAAAGCAGCUGAUUUUGUAAAAGCUUUUAUACUAGGAUUUCAAGUUGAGGAUGCACUUGCAUUAAUCAGAUUAGAUGAGCUUUUUCUAGAAUCAUUUGAAGUAACAGAUGUCAAACCUUUAAAAGGAGAUCAUCUUUCAAGAGCAAUAGGAAGAAUUGCUGGAAAAGGAGGAAAAACCAAAUUUACUAUUGAAAAUGUAACAAGGACACGAAUAGUUCUUGCAGAUUCGAAAGUUCACAUUUUAGGAUCUUUCCAGAACAUUAAAAUGGCACGGACAGCCAUUUGCAAUCUCAUUCUAGGAAGUCCUCCAUCUAAAGUUUAUGGCAAUAUUAGAGCAGUAGCAAGCAGAACAGCAGAAAGAUUUUAAGACCAUGGUUUUUGAAGUCACACACUUCUACACAAGAUACUGGAAAACACUUGAAGGAAGCAAUAUCAAAAUACUGAUUACAAGAAAGUGUGCUUUUCUUUAAAACCCAAAACAAACACAUUGUGUUUCAGAAGCUCUGCUAAGCCAUUUGAAGUGGAUGGCAUUUCAGCCACACCAAAAUUUGGAAUAUUUUGUUUGUCCAGAGUUUGGGCUGAAACAAAAUUCAGAAGGAUUUUAAGGGUAAAUUGGGCAAGGCCGAUAUGCCGGGCCUUUCCCCCCUCUUGGCUUGUGGCAGGCUACCUAUCUAUUUUCCCAAAGUCUCCCUUGCCCUACUUCCCGCUAGCUACUGCCACAUCUUUAGCUUCCAGUGGAAAUACCCACUUCAGCAGCUCAUUCCUGAUAUUUGCACUUUGUUUCCUGUUGCCACUAAUAUUCCUGGGUUUUCCACUCUCUCCCAUGCCCCAAAACACUCCUUUCUGAAUUAAUUCAUGCCUAGGCCACUCAAAAGUAGCAGUUCCAUGCAUGGAAUAUUUUUCACAUCCCUAGUAAACUGGUAGCAAUUUUCAGUUCCAACAUGGCUGGUAUAUAAUAGAACUGCCACAGCAAUGUUCUCAAGCAAGUAUCUAUUAUCAAGUGUUCUAAAUGAAGUUAUGUCCAAUAAAAACUGGUACUUGAAUUUCCUUCUAACAUGAUUGUCAGUUUUUGAAUUGAAUGGAUACAGGUUUAACCGAAUGCAGCAGCUAUGAAUAGUAUGCUGCGAGUCACUAUUGUACUCAGAAAUUCUCAACUCUUUUAAAAUACUAAGGUAUGAAGAGAUUGCCGGGGAAGGGGCUAGUCUAAAAAAACAGAAUGGGGCUGCUCGUAGUUGGAAGGCAAAUAUAUUUAUGGUUAAAAGACUACUAAACUAAAUGUUUUUCCCUUAUCAAAGAACUUUUCAGUAGAAGAGGGGAAAAAGCUGUUACAAUGUUGAUAACCUCCUCCUUGGAAGAAGAGAGAAAUAAGUUUUUUUUUUCCAAUAUUGUGACAUUACAGAGGGAGAUAUGCAGAUCCUAGAGUUGCUUUUGCAUUAGGACCACCUGCCUUUAAAUGUAUGGCACACGUUAGCCAGGGACCAUUGAGGUGGCUGCCUGUCUCUGAAAGGAAUUUUUUUUGGAGUGGUGUUACCUUUACCCACAGGACACCUGAAUGCUGGUAGACAAUCGGGGGAGGCUCCUUGUCCCUACGUGAUUUAUUCGCUUAAGGGGAAUCGAGCCACUGGCCUCAGCAGUGCACAGGCCCAGCAUCUUAUGUGAGCCAUGGCGGCCCCAAUCUGCCUUUAUAAUUCUACAGCAUAGACAGAAUGCAAACUAGACUUGAGAGGGCACCAAAGAAAUCUCAAACAAAAAUGGAGGGGAGUGGACUUACACCUUCAAAUUAAUCUUGACUCCUGACCUGAAGAGUCUGCUGUUUUGUUGGCAGACAUUUUGGGAAGUAGCUCGACUCUUCUGGAAGAGUUGUGAGAAUGGAAUUGACCAAGAGUUACUUACCUGCCUUUCUAUCUAAAGCAGGACUAGAACUCAGUCUCUGCCUAAUGUCUUUAACCACUACACCAAACUGGCUCUCAGGACCUGAAUAUCUAUCCAUUAUUUUUUUUAAAAAAAUACAAGCCUUGCAGGACCUCUGCUUCACGUUAAUGUGUAAUUUUUAGUAAUUUGGCAUCAAAGCAUUUCUAGAUCUCAACCCAUUUUGUAUUAUUUCAUGGCCCAAAUAUGUAGACAAUUUACAGCUUUUUUUUGCUGCAAGAUUCUGCAAAAAGCUAACAAAAAAUGUCCUACCCCAUGAAUACAGAUGCUAAUAAGGGCUUGCUUAUAACAAACUAAAGAUCCUUUCAUAGCAACAUUUAUAAUUUUAGUACCACAAACCAGUCCUUAAACUACUGUGUAAAUUCAAGACUGUUGAGUAUCUGACUUACAUAUUGUAUGUAUGGUGUCAGUUCUUAGUUACAGCCCCUCAAGUUUUGUAAUAGCUUCAGAAAUAGUACAGGAAAAAACCCAAUUUUCAGAUUCAAGGGGAUUCUUAAAUUGUACACGAGGCUCUUUCGAUCUAAGAUAUUGUUUUUAUAAAGUAUAAGAUUCUGUGUUGAAAUAGGCAUGGACAAGUACAUGUAUUCAAUCCUGAAUUCAUUAUUCCCUGAUGUUUACAGCAGAUAUCUUUCAGAUGGAACUUUCCCUUAUAUGUGCAAUGAGUCAAGAUUGCAAAAUUAGAAAAAAUGCUAUGCUUAAAAUAAAAUUGGUGUUACUAUGGAACUAAGAAUAAAACUGACCAAAUAAAGUUCUCUCAUAAGCCAAAAACUUCCAUAAAAUUACAGCUUAAUGUGUCUUGAUCUUAUUGUUCUAUUCACUAAUACAGGAUAGUUAACAUGUCUACAAAAGAAAAAAUAAUUUGGGAACUGGUUAUCACUAUAAACGCUGAAUCAGGUGUUACUUGACUUUAAAUGAACUGUCACUGAGAAAAAUGGGCAAAUAUUGUUACAGGUAUUUAAUUAUACACAAAAGCAUCGAAUUUUAGUACAAUCAGAUCUGAAAUUCAGAAUAUUCUUUUUUUUUUCAACUGAAGCUUUAACACCAUGCAGUAAAGUUCAAAUAGUUUAUUUUUAUUCAUACAUUAUGAAGGUUCCUAUACUUCCAACAAUGUAUGGUAUAGCAUGCAGAGGAAAAAUCUAAACAUUCAACAUAACCCUUUUUUUUUUUUUGCACACAACCUAAAAAAGCUCAUUCCCCCAGUACGAAAGUAACAUUAGCACUAUUUUCUAUUAUGCCAGGAAGGAUAUGCACAAGCACUUAAGAAAUAGAAAGCAAUUGCUAAAAUAUUUGUAACAAAUAUUUAUGUACAAAAAAAUUCACAAAAGACUAGUUCCCCCUGAAGCAGAGCACAUGGCAGUUGACAAUGGAACAAAUACAACCACUGGUUGGGAUUAUAAUCCACAUACUGAUCCAGAGGAAGAAAGAUACAUGUAGUGGAGAUUUUCUGUUUUAACAUUUACCAAAAGUUUGGCAACAUCUUUUUUAAAUUAUGCAAAUCAUGUAAACAAGAGGAACAUUUCAAAUCGAUCUACAUGCAAAACUUCAUGUCAUGCAAGGACACCAAGCACCUGGAUUUCUCUCUCACAGACAGAGCCCAUGAUGUGCAGCACUCAAUUGAAGGAACAGCUAUGGCUGGCUGGGAGGCAAUUGAUUUAAGUUUGAACAACCUGCCUUUCCACUGCGAAUUAUAAAACAUUCCAAAUAGAAAAAUUGCUAGAAGAAAGGGCGUACUAUCCUAAAAAUCUAACAAUUUUCUUCUAUCCAAUAGUACCAUUGCAGAAAAAGAAUUAUAUAUUGUAUAACAUGCCUUGCUACUUUUAU